UGAGCAGGUUGAGUGUUUAUCAGGAGAUGCUGCUUUGUUCCUCUGAUGGUUGAAUGUUGGUUUGUUGUUGGAGAAUGACGGUGAACUCUUCUCUGUCGUAUUUCGUCCUGACAGCUUAUAUCCAUGUAGGAUCUCUGAAGUUCUUGUGCUUCGUGGUGACUGCUCUGGUUUAUGUGGGGAUAGUGCUGGUCAACACGUCGCUCAUGGUGGUGAUCUGCAUGAACAGGAGCCUCCAUGAGCCCAUGUACAUGUUCCUGCUCAGCCUGUUUGUCAAUGAGCUGUAUGGUAGUACAGGCUUGUUUCCAUUCCUGCUGGUUCAGAUCCUCUCUGACCUCCACACUGUUCCUGCUCCUCUCUGUCUCCUGCAGAUCUUCUGUAUCUACAUGUAUGGAAAUGUUGAAGUUUGUAACCUAGCCGUCAUGUCUUAUGACAGGUACUUGGCCAUCUGUGAUCCUCUGCACUAUAAAAGCAGAAUGACGUCUCAGAAAGCUGCUGUUCUGAUCUCUGGGGUUUGGUUUUACUCUGUGUUGAAACUCCUCAUCACUCUGUCCUUAAACGUCCGUCUGAGUCGAUGUGGGAACGUCGUCAACAGUCUGUACUGCCAGAACUACCUGAUAGUGAAGCUGGCCUGCUCCGACACCAGGCUGAACAACAUUUACGGCAUCUUUGGUACGGUGGUGACCGUCAUCGUCCCUCUGAUUCCCAUCCUGUUCUCCUACCUGAGGAUCCUCCAGGUGUGUUUCUCUGGAGACAAACAGACCCGACAGAAAGCCGUCUCCACCUGCUCGCCUCACAUCGUCUCCCUGCUCAAUUUCUCCUUCGGUUCCUGCUUCCAGAUCUUUCAGAGCAGGUUCAGCCAGAACAAGCUUCCCGUCCUGCUGCAGAUCGUCCUGUCACUGUACUUCCUCAUCAUCCAGCCGCUGCUCAGCCCCGUCAUGUACGGGAUGCAGAUGUCCUCCAUCAGGAACACCUAUAAGAGAGUGUUCUGUUCUAAAGUCUGGGCUGCUCACAGAGACGGGACCUAGCAUCUCCUGCAGGCUCAAGACCCUUAUUUCACCAGGUCCUG